AUGUUCAACGCCAAGUUCAUCGCCCUCCUUGCUCUCCUCACCGCUUCUACCGGUGUCAACGCCCACUUUAGGCUGUUGUACCCCGAGCCUCGAGGUCCCUUCGACGCAAACGCGCAAGUCAAUUUUUGCAGCGGCUACGCGAACGCAGUAGACAACCGCACAACCUUCCCCCUCUCCGGAGGUUUCUUCUCCCUGCGCACCAACCACGGCGACUGGACAGCCGGCGUCCUCCUCUCCACCUCCCAAAACCCCAACUCCUUCACCCACUUCAAAGUCACCUCCAACGACUCCUCGGCGAACCCAAACGACCUCCCCGACCAAUUCGUCCGCGGUUUCGCGUCAGAGGAGGAUGCGGGGACGUUCUGCAUCCCUCUUGACCUGAGCUCCACUGGUAUCGAAGGUGUCGAGGACGGUGCGAAUGUUACUAUUCAGGUUAUGUUCGAUGGUGGGGAUGGGGAGUUGUUCCAGUGCGCCGACCUCACUCUUUCGUCGACGUACACCAUUCCCGAGAGCAUUGCUACCUGCCAGAACGCUACGGAAUCUGGGGGCCACGAUCAUGACCAUGACCACGACCACGAUGACCAUGACCAUGACCAUGAUCACGACCACGACCACGACCACGACCAUGACCACGAUAGCGGUGCCCUCAGCCACGUCGUCACUGGACUCGCCGCUGGCGUUGCUGGUUUGUUCGCUGGUUUACUGGCUCUCUAA